GAGCACUUCCAGUUUAUAAGUUCACAAAUGAAAGUAAAAUUAGUGAAGUUACUUCUUGAUCCUUCUAUACAAACCUUCAUGAACAGAAUUUAUUCAGACGCUUUAGAUGAUUGUGAACAAACUUAAUGCUGAGCUGAAGAAGCUGUGUUUUGGAGUGAUGGAGUUCAUUUGUGUGACUCUGAUGAUUAUUAUUGGAAUCACAGAUUCAACAGCAGAUCAGCUUGUUGUUGUUGGACCUGUUGCUCCUCUCCUCGCUGUAUUUGGUGAAGAUGUGAUUCUGCCCUGUUCUCUCAAACCCAACAUCAGUGCUGUAAACAUGAGAGUCGAAUGGUUUAGACUUGAUCUCAAAGACUCAGUAGUUCAUCUCUAUGAAGAUCAUGAAGAUAAAAACACAAAUCAGCUUCAGUCGUACAGAGGAAGAACUGAAGUGUUUAAAGAUAAACUACAGAAAGGAAACACAUCACUCAAACUAUCAAGAGUUAAAGUCUCUGAUGAAGGACUUUAUAAGUGUUUGGUUCAGUCCAAAACCAAUUAUGAUGACAUCACUGUUGAUCUCAGAGUUGAAGCUAUAGGAAGUCCUCCACUCAUCACUGUAGAUGGAUUUGAUGUUUCUGGUGGACUUCAUCUUCAGUGUGAAUCUAAAGGUUGGUACCCUGAACCUGAACUUGUGUGGCUGGACAGUGAAGGAGUCACUUUGACAUCUGAAACUACAGACACACAGAGAGAGACAGAUGGAUUCAGAGUGAAACACAUGAUCACUGUAUAUAACAGAGACAGUAAAUAUCACUGUAGAGUCAAACUGAGACAUCACAUGAUGGAGACUGAGAUUAUUACUUCAAGUAAAAUGUUUAACUCUUUGAGGUCAUCAGUGAUCUUGAUUUCUGUUGGAUCUGUGCUCGGUGUGAUCGCCGGAUUACUGAUUGCUGUGUUCAUCUAUAGAUACAGAGGACUGCAGAGAAAAGACCAGAGACUAAAGAGUGAAGACCAGAGACUAAAGAGUGUAGACCAGAGACUAAAGAGUGAAGACAGGAAAAUAAAUAAUGAACGUGAGAGACUUUCAUUGACUGUUAAAACUGUAAAAUCACUGUUAAGAAAAUUUGCAGUGAAUGUGACUCUGGAUCCUGAUUCAGCUCAUCCAUAUCUCAUUGUGUCUGAUGAUGGGAAACAAGUGAGAUGUGAAAAACAAUCAAGAACAGUGAAGGAUGGAGAUCAAAAGUCAAAUAAGAAGUUUGAUUAUCGUUUCUGUGUUCUUGGAAAUGAAGGAUUCACCUCAGGGUGUUUUUACUAUGAGGUGGAGGUGAAGGGGUUAAGUGUUUGGUUUGUGGGUGUGGCCAGAGAAUCUGUUGAGAGGAAGGGGUGGAUCAGUCUGAAUCCUGAGAGUGGAUACUGGAUGGCUGGUUUGAGAGGAGGAAAGUAUCGGGCUAGUGAGGAUCCGUCUGUUCCUCUUUCCCUGAGUGUGGAGCCUCAGAGAGUCGGGGUGUUUGUGGAUUAUGAGGAGGGUCGAGUCUCUUUUUAUGAUGUGGAGUCUAUGUGUCAGAUCUACUCUUUUACUGCUCAAUCUUUUAAUGAGAAACUAUAUCCUGUUUUUUAUGUGGAUAGUUGGUAUAGAUCUGCACCUCUAAUUAUCUGCAUGUUGACAUCUGAAUAUUUUCUCCUCGCCGUGAGUCCUCUUGUGAUCAGCAGGACGAUUGUGAACAAAUUUGUUUGUAUUUGUUUUUGUAAAAGUGUUUGUGUCUAUAAAUUUUUUUUAUUUUGUCAUGUUUUUAAGAAGCUGUGUUUUGGAGUGAUGGAGUUCAUUUGUGUGACUCUGAUGAUUAUUAUUGGAAUCACAGAUUCAACAGCAGAUCAGUUUGCUGUUGUUGGACCUGUUGCUCCUCUCCUCGCUGUAUCUGGUGAAGAUGUGAUUCUGCCCUGUUCUCUCAAACCCAACAUCAGUGCUGUAAACAUGAGAGUCGAGUGGUUUAGACUUGAUCUCAAAGACUCAGUAGUUCAUCUCUAUGAAGAUCAUGAAGAUAAAAACACAAAUCAGCUUCAGCCGUACAGAGGAAGAACUGAAGUGUUUAAAGAUGAACUACAGAAAGGAAACACAUCACUCAAACUAUCAAGAGUUAAAGUCUCUGAUGAAGGAGCUUACAAGUGUUUUAUUGAGUAUAAAUCCUGGAGUGAUGACAUCACUGUUGAUCUCAGAGUUGAAGCUGUAGGAAGUCCUUCACUCAUCACUGUAGAUGGAUUUGAUGUUUCUGGUGGACUUCAUCUUCAGUGUGAAUCUAAAGGUUGGUACCCUGAACCUGAACUUGUGUGGCUGGACAGUAAAGGAGUCAUUUUGACAUCUGAAAAUACAGAGAGACAGAGAGAGACAGAUGGAUUCAGAGUGAAACACAUGAUCACUGUAUAUAACAGAGACAGUAAAUAUCACUGUAGAGUCAAACUGAGACAUCACAUGAUGGAGACUGAGAUUAUUACAUCAAGUAAAAUGUUUAACUCUUUGAGGUCAUCAGUGAUCUUGAUUUCUGUUGUAUCUGUGCUCGGUGUGAUCGCCGGAUUACUGAUCACUGUGUUCAUCUAUAGACACAGAGAACAACAAAGAAAGGAUCAGAGACUAAAGAGUGAAGAUCAGAGACUAAAGAGUGAAGAUCAGAGACUAAAGAGUGAAGAUCGGAGACAAAAAAAUGUACGUGAGAGACUUUCACUGAUAGAGAACGGGACAGUAAAAGAUUUGAAAUCACUGUUAAGGAGAUAUGCAGUGAAUGUGACUCUGGAUCCUGAUUCAGCUCAUCGACAUCUCAUUGUGUCUGAUGAUGGGAAACAAGUGAGAUAUAGACAACAAUCAAGAACAAUGAAUGAUGGAGAUCAGAAGUCAUAUAACAAGUUUUAUUAUCUUCUCUGUGUUCUUGGAAAUGAAGGAUUCACCUCAGGGUGUUUUUACUAUGAGGUGCAGGUGAAGGGGUUAAGUGUGUGGUUUGUGGGUGUGGCCAGAGAGUCUGUUGAGAGGAAGGGCUGGUUCAGUCUGAAUCCUGAGAGUGGAUACUGGAUGGCUGGUUUGAGAGGAGGAGGGUAUCAGGCUAGUGAGGAUCCAUCUGUUCCUCUUUCCUUGAGUGUGGAUCCUCAGAUAGUCGGGGUGUUUGUGGAUUAUGAGGAGGGUCGAGUCUCUUUUUAUGAUGUGGAGUCUAUGUGUCAUAUCUACUCUUUUACUGAUCAAUCUUUUAAUGAGAAACUAUAUCCUGUUUUUUAUGUCUGGUCUAUAAACUCUGCACCGCUCAUCAUCUGUGAUCUCUAAUGACAUUUGAUCUAAAAAUAUAAAUUCCUUCAAGUUAUUUGUGUAACUUGAAAUUUUAUACACAUGGUUGUGUGUCAUUUUCAGAAACAUGUGAUGAUGAAGUAUGAUGGUCAUUUUUUGUCCCCUAAGAGAAAUUAACAAAGUUUUGUGCAUACAUGUGAUGCUGAGCUGUAUAACAAAUCAAGCACAUGAAUAACAAUCACAGUUUUGUCAUUCAUCAGUUUCAUGACCAUAAGAUCAAAAUAAAUAUUGUAGUGGUUGUAUCUUCAA